CGGGCUUACCGCUUCAAGCAACGAUGGCUCAUCGUCAUCGGCGUUCAGUUCUUCGACGACCGCCGUGCUGUUAACACGAGUUUUUAUUUUUAUUAGUCACAGCAGAUUUGUUUUUUUUUGUUCGGACGACGGUUUUGCAACUCCACAACACGGCUGAUAAGUGAAUCGGACAGAAGAGUGAAUCGUUACCUGAGGUGUUUCGAUGAACUAAAGGCAUUCGGACGAAAUUCCGGUCCAUCAUGACGUCGAUCAAGUUGAUCAAGCUGACGGCGAUCGUGCUGUUGGCGUUUGCCGUGCUAACAGAUGCGCAAUGGUUCGGCAGCAAAAAGAAGAAGGAAGAGGACCCCAACGUUGCUCUCCUCUCGUACAAUCCAGUUGACCCGGAUGCAGUUCCUCCUCAGCAGGCACCUACGACCAGCACUACCACUAGCACCACCACUCCGGCACCUACGACGACCAAGAAGAAGGGCUUCUUCGGUGGUCUCUUCGGUGGAAGCGGCAAGGAAAAGGAAACAAAGACAACCACCACGACUACCACGACUACGACGACUCCCAAACCAACCACAACUACGCCUGUACCGACCACGAAGAAAUCCGGGGGUGGCUUCUUCGGAGGAUUGUUCGGUGGUGGCAAAAAGGACAAGACCACUACAGUCGCUCCCACAACCGAUAAGACUACGGCCAAGGCAGGUGUCACCGUACCCACCACUACGGUCAAAUCUGCAACACCAUCGGUCACCACUCCCAAGGCCGUAGCACCGGUCGUUGCCCCAACGAGCACUGUCAAACCUGGCACUCCAACUGUAGCGACCCCAACUACUGCGAAGCCUUCCACUGCCAAGGAUGCAUUCCCACCACUUCCAGCGGUCCCCACCACCGCCGCUACCGUCCCGAAACCUCCACCAACUCCACCCAAACCAACCAUUUCCACCCCCAAAACCGCUGAAGCCUUCCCAGCCCUUCCUCCCAAACCAGGCAGCCCCACUCCAGCUCCCGUAGCCACCUCAACUCUUGCGAACGCCUGGAACAAGCCACUUCCGACUCAGCCUCCAUCUCCCCCUGCCGCCGGCAAACCCGGCGUUAGCUUCGUCCCCACCCAAGCCCCCGUUGGAGGCUCCACCGCCAGAACCACUCCGCGCUACUCGGAAGGCCCCACCGCAACCGACGAGGAACUAGCCGCCCUCUCCGAGCAACUCUUCUCCAAGGAGACCACAAACCUCAACCGACACGUCCGCGCAAACUACCAACGCCAAACCUUGUCCUCGUCCACCGUUGACGACGCCCCGGAACCCCUGCUCUCCGUCGAUGAACGCCAGGUAUAUGCCGUGCCCACGAUCGAAAAGAUGCGCGCCCUGUUCAACAACUACGAAGUGGACACCAUGGUCAACGAGUACGUCACCCCCAUGGAGAAGAAGGAGGAGAACGACUUCGUGGAUGCCUUGCUGACCACCGCGGUGAUGCGUAGCGCUAUGCUGUUCCUGCAGAAGAAGGGUGUGGUGACGGCCGAUCCUAAAACGCACCACGAGCUGCUGAAGACCAUUUGGUUCAAUUUGUACUCGCGAGGCAAUGGAAAAAUCGGCAGCUCUGGGUUUGAGCACGUGUUCUUGAAUGAAGUUAGCAAUGGGACGAUGAUCGGACUGCACAACUGGGUGUACUUGUAUGACCAGGAGAAGGCCGGCCGGAUCGACUACCAGGGUUAUAUCAAGAAGAUGGAUCUGGGAGGCAAGGGCGAGAUCGCCAAGGUGCGGCUCACGUUCGACAAGCUCACCAAACCGUCCAACUCGCUGUUCAUCGCCACCUCGCCGGAGCUGGAGAUCGCCCUGUACACCGUGUGCUUCCAGAUGCGACCGGACACCGAGUGUCCGCUAGCGAUCAACGGCAAGAAGUUUACCGUCAAAACGUUCACGUUCCGCUACCGGGGCAAGAACCUCAUCGGAGGAGCUUGGCCGAACUUCUAAGGAACUAGGAAGAUGAGUUAGUAGAUGAGAAGGAAACAGGAAGAGCUACAACGCGCACACAUAUCACAACUACUCAAGGCAACUGAUAUUCUCUAUGUAUCAUGUAUAGUCAGUAGUUUUAAUAAACUUUUUAUCAGUGUAUUUUUUUAUUAAACUUUGUAAUGAAAAGGAAAAACUAUCGUAACAGAUGCAA